AUGGCGGCUCGGGUUCUCUCCCACCGCAGCAGCCGGCCAGCGCGCAUUGACAAACCUUCGCGACCUGCUAGAAUACGCAGCUCUGCAGCAGACCCUCCAGAUCGAACGUACGCUUCGCAACCUACAACGGGUGUGCUCUCCUCCUCCCGGUUUGAGGGUGUGCUCUCGACGGUUUGCAAGUCCUGCCUUUCUUCCUUCCUCCCGUUCUCUCUCCCGCUUCCCUCCCACCCAACCUUCUUCCGGUCCUUUCUCCCCACCUCCUCUCCCCCACCUCGUCGUCCCCCGCCUCCUCUCCCCCGCCUCCUCUCCCCCGCCUCCUCUCCCCCGCCUCCUCUCCUCCGCCUGCUCUCCCCCGCCUCCUCUCUCUCGCCACCCCGUCUCCUCCUCGCUUCCUUCCCCCCGCCUUCUUUCUCCACAGCCGUGCUCAAUUACCGCGGGCUUGUGUGGCGUCUCCUUUUGAGACGUCUCAAAAGCCUCCUCUCUCUCGCCAUCCCGUCUCCUCCUCGCUUUUUCCCCCCCGCCUUCUUUCUCCUCAGCCGUGCUCAAUUACCGCGGGCUUGUGUGGCGCCUCCUCGACCAAUGGCAAUCGUCUACCUAACGGCGAAAUCGUCACCGUCCGCUUCUGUGUUCGCCUCGGGCAACGAGACGCAGGAGGAGACUUCUGAGGCGUCUCAGGACUCGGGCGGCAAUGCCACGUGGGGAUUCUUUGAACAAUCUCAAGAUUCGGCUCGUACAACUUGGGAAGCCCGGGACGUUUCCAAGACAACGAGGGGGGAGUCGACCGGCGGCGAACUCGCUGCGACAUCGGAUGCGGAGGGAGCGGAGUCGGACCGUGCUGUUGGGAUGAGCCGUGGGUGGAGGAAAUGGAGGGGACACGUGGCGCGCGAGGAGAGGCCGUUGGGGCAGCGCAGGCAAAUGGGCGUCAACACGCCCAUUGUUGUCCACAGGGGAUCUGUCGGCGUCAUCGUGCGAAACAACUAUGUGCACGACUUCUUAUUCGCGGGGAUCCGCUGUGGCUCCGACGCGCACUAUGCGGGCGACUGCAUGCUCACGCAGAUCGACCGCAACCUCGUGGUGGCUUCAGGAAGGAACAGAUCCGGGGAUCAGGACGCUGCAGGGAUCUACUACUGUGUUCACUGGUUCAGCCCAGACAACACAGCAGAGUGCAACUACGUGUUCAAUGGGGAUCAUUGCUACUACCUUGAUUUCGUGACAUCUGGAGUGGCUAUCAAGGGGGGUGCCUGCAUAAACACAUACGAUGGCAUCAAGGUCAACAAUGGGAAAUGGAACAGGGUAGACGAUGUGAUUUUAAAGAAGGUUCCCGGGUCCCCAGGGUGGAGUGCGUGUCUGACUCCUCUGGUGCUCAACUGUGACAUUAACCCCGGCACGUACUGGGAGCUCAUGAGGAAACAGUACUACGACACACCCGUGUUCCAAGAGGUGAGGGAGAAAGAGAGGUGA